ACCGGCCGGUCAUGGGGGGCCGCUUUGGGCGCGCACCGGGGCGCGGGGCCGUGCGGAGGGUGCGGGAUGUUCUCGGCGGCCGCCGAGAGUUUCCUCAGGCAGGCGAGGGAGAUCCAUGAGGAGGAGCUGCGGAGGUUCGCCGGCCGCGUGUCCGCCCUCCUGCAGGGCCCCGAGCCGGGCGCCGAGGCCGCGGAAGGGCUGCGGAGGCUGCACCUCACCGUGGCCGCCACCAAGUACCCCCGCAGGCUGGAUGGCAAGUUUGUGGAGCUGUUGCAGACAGUGCUGUGCUCGCCCAAAAGCCCUGAGCAGGUUCAGGUGUUAUGUGCUGCCAUCCUGAGAGAGAUGUCACCUUGCAAUGAUCUGAUCCUCCGCUGUGAUGAGAUUCAGGAUACAAAGCUCUUGAGCCUGGUAUCCUCCGUCCUUCUGGCUCAGGGAAAUAAGAAGGGUGAAGUGGCUGCUGUGGGGCAGCGGGUUGUAAAAGUCCUUGAAGGAAGAUUGCCCGAGGGUCAGAGUGCUCUGCUCCUCCUUCCUGUCCUGGCAAAUGUCAUCAAUCUCUCACCAGAAUCUCUAACUGAAGAGCAGACUGAUGCUGUCAGUAGGAAGCUGGCUGACUGGCUGAGGUAUGCGAGUACUCAGCAAGGAAUUGUUCAGCCCUCAGGAGGUUUCUUCUCCAGUCCCAGAACCAAACAGCCUGCUCCCGUCACAGAGGUGGAUGGUGCCAUUGCCACAGACUUCUUCACAGUGCUCUCAGUGGGCCAGCACUACACACAGGACCAGUGGCUCAACGUGCAGGCCUUCUCCAUGCUGAGAAACUGGCUGCUGUUCUAUGGGGGCCAGGAGGGGAAAGCCCCUAAUCCAGGAAUGGACAGGUCUGUUACAUCCAUGGUCUCAACUACAUCCACCUCUAGUCGCCUGCUUCCCCCGAAGGAGCAUCUGCGGGAAAAAGCCUUCGAGUACUGCCAGCGGCUGAUUGAGCAGAGCACCCGGCGACCCCUGAAGAAAGAUGACGGAGACCUGCAGAGAGCUUGUCUCAUUGAGGCAGUGACGAUCAUGGACAUCAUCUGCAAGCAGGACUCUUCCUACAUGUACCGCGCUGUCUCCUUCCUGAAAAUCCUGCAUGGCAGGAUUUGUGGGGAUGCCACUUAUGCCAGGGCACUACUGCCCAUUGCCCAGUUCUUCCUGAACCACAGCAAACUGGCAGCUGUGGAUUCGGAUGCAAUCUACAAACACUUGUUCACUGAUAUCCCGGCCCAGCUCUUCCACAACCCAUCACUGGCCUUCGAAUUUGUCCAGUUCUGCAAAGACAACAGCCAGCUCUUCACGGACACCUCCAGCAUAUUCAGGCAGAGCUUCCCAAAUCUCUUCAAGUUCCUGGCAUGGAACAGCCCACCUCUUAUCUCAGAGUUUGUGGACCUUCUCCCAUUUCUGCUGGAUGCAGGCACAGCCAUUGAGAUCUUCCAUUUGCUGCUUGACCUGCCCUGUCUGACAGCAGCUCUGGACAUCCAGCUCAGGGCAGCUGCUCUUCCUACCUCUGAGAAGGCCACAAGUGACCCAGCUGUGAAACCAGCCACCUGCCUGGAAGCCUUUCGUCAUCCCCUCUACAAGAGCACAUUCCAAUAUCUUCUCCGCACCAAAUCUGCUCCUGAGGACACCCCAGAGAGUCUGAUUCCACUUCGGCAGCUACUGGGAUCCCUGGCUGGCAACCCAAGGGUGGUGCAGUGUGCAGAGACUGUCCCUGUCCUAUUGGAGCUCUUUUUCAGGGUGGUGGCAGAGUCUGCAGAUGGGUCUCUGAUAAACCAGCUGGUGGUGCUGCUGCUGCAGAGGAGCGACCAGCUCUACGAGAUCCCAACGUUCAAAGAUGACGUGUACAGGGUGCUGAGCUCACAGCUGGCCAUGCUCUGCAAGCUACACCCUGCGCUCGUCGUGGAACUGUCCACAGAGAUUCUGGAGUUCUCAGGAGCAGUCAGCAACAUCCAGAGCAAGGAGCCCAUCUUCACCCACGUGGUCUGGGCUGUCGGGGAGUACCUGUCAGUGUCCUAUGACAAGCGCUGCACUGUGGAGCAGAUCACACGGUUCUUUGAGACCCUGGAGGCCGUGCUGUUUGAGAUCACCCAGCUCCGGCCACUGGCCAGCACCCCCAGCUGUGCCCCCCGUGCCAUCAGUGUCCUCAUGGCCACCUUGACCAAGCUGGCAGCCCGCAGCCAGGACUUGAUCCCCAGAGUGUCCAUGUUCCUGUCCAAGAUGAGGACAUUUGUGCAGAGCCCUGCUGUCACCUCUGUUUACUGCGAGGAGGACCUUGAGGAGAUCCUUAUUCGGGCAACUGAGCUCAUGAACCUGCUGAAGAUGCCCAGCGUGGCUCAGUUUGUGUUCAACCCCCCCAUGGAUGCGGCCAGCACACGGCUUCAGAGAGAGGUGAAUGACUCCCUUCCUUUGGCCCUGAGGAUGGUCACCCAUCUCCUGGAGCCAGCUCCUGGCUGCACGCCAGUGUGAGGGCAGGAGAUUUGUGGAGUAACUCACUGGACACUGCUGAUACUCAAGGCUGAUCUUAACUGGAAAUGAGGAACAAAUGUUUGCAAAUGAAACAGAAAACAGGAAUAAGUAGAGCUGAGGCUGCUCUUCUGCUCUGAGGUUCUUUGUA